AUGGAUGUAUGUUCUAGCGAACUCAAAAAUAUAUCAGAAAUAUCAAGUGGAAUCUACGAUUGGAAACUUCUUUCAAUCAAACGCUUGGAGAAACUUUGGGGGAAAAAAUCUCUCGAGAACACUGAUUUCUUACUGGCAGAAUCUUACAAAAUUGCUUAUUUUAAGCUACAUGAAAUAGAAUCCAAUUGCAUUUCUCUGCGACGAAAUAAAUGUGUGUUGGAAAAUGUACAAAGUAUAAUAUCAGUGUCUAGGGCCAGCUCAGGAAUCCGUGGGUUCCUCGAAAGGAAGAGAGUAAAGAAUACUUAUUUAGAAGUACAAGCAUGCGUUGAAAAAGUUAAGGAAGAGAUAGUUCAAAACAUUACUAUUUUCUUUGAUCCAUCAAUAAAAGGAUUGUUUGAAUUGGCAACUUUUGGGAAUUGGAGGCAAAAACACUCUGAUGCACUACCCGUUGCAAAAGUCCAUUCAGAUGAAUUACAGGAAAAAAAGAACAGUAUCAAUCGAUGGGCAAGUCAGAUAAAUGUUUGUCAAGGGAAAGAAAAUACCUGGUUGUUAAAGCGAGCAUCUAGCGAAAUAAAUCUGCGGACCGAUGCUUCGCUACAUUCAAGUAUGUCAUUUGAAACGAAAGUAAUACCAGAACUAUGGGACUGUUCAUCUACUUCCUCUAGUGAGAGGGACGCGGAAAUAAUACAGUUUGGAGGACGAACAUAUAUUCCGUCGAAUUUGAAAACAUAGAAAAAGGGAAAAUCUCACGUAACAGGAUGCGACUGGAAAUCUGAAGACGAAAUAAUCACCGUCGACGCUGCAUUUAAAGGGAGACCAGAAGCCCGUGUACACAAUACAAAGAAUGGUACACUUAAGCAGAAAAUCCCCUUAGAUCAUAGACCAUAUUCUGUUCUACCCGACAAUAGAUUUGUCGUGAUAUUCCCAAAAGAAGAGGAAUUAUUAAUUGGCAGUUUUGAAGAUCUCAGUGAAAAAAAAAUCAUCGACGUUGCAAUCAAUUGCUAUGGUGUGUGCUAUUGCGGAAGAGGGACGACGCUUAUUGCUGGUAAGAAUAGUAUAGUGUUCUGCGACAGUGAUCUUGAUGAAACAAAAACAAUAACUGUUGACGGAGAUGAUGUCAGAUAUAUUUGUGCGAACAACAAUAACUUAUUUUUUUACAUAGAUUUGCUAAACAAAAAAGUUUUCAGCGUAAUAGGCAAUGGUGAUAAUUGAUAUACAUAUGAAGACACCGACAUGAA